GCAUCUCCACGUACGGAUACUUUGUCGAAGCCAAGAAUUCGUAAAUGUACGUCUCUUAAAGCUAAACCUUUCGCUGUAAAAAAGGCUGCUUUAUCCGCCACACCUUCUGGAAGAGUCGAAUCUUUGGCUAAACCAAGGGAACCCUUAAGUCCUGUCGAGAAAAAACCACCGCGAGAGAAAGACAAAUAUGGAAGACCAAUAUUUGAAAUGCCUGUUUACGGAAAAGUGUUACCGAAAACGAAACCGUACAAGAUGGGCGAAUGUCCAGACGACAAAGAAAAGAAGAAACCCGUUAUCAAAAAACGUCCGAUUGAUCCAAUUGCUUACGCAUCAAGCAUCGAUCCUUGUAUCGAGCCGGAAUUGGCGAAAAAGCAAAAGAUUGAAAGGAAAAGAGCCGAGAAAAUAGCGAAAAAGAAGAAGAUAAUAAGAAAGGAAAAACCGAAGAAAAAAUUAAAAAAGCCUCCCGAAAAGGUAGAAGAUAAAAAAGAUAAAAAGGACGAACCAAAAGUAAAAGAAAUAGACUAA